UAUUUCUUUAUAUUUAAAUUCUUCUUCAACACACUAACCUUCCUUCGUCCCUCUCAACGGUUUCUAGAGAGAGAGAGAUAGAAACUAAAAGUCUCCGUUUAGAGAGAGAAAGUAGAAAACACCGAUGGCCGGGGUUAAUCCAAACGGUGCCGCGGAUUUUCCGGCGGUUCCGACUCACGGUGGACAGUUCAUUCAGUACAACAUCUUCGGUAACCUCUUUGAGGUCACCGCUAAGUACCGUCCUCCGAUCAUGCCUAUCGGUCGUGGAGCUUACGGAAUCGUUUGCUCGGUGUUGAAUACUGAGACUAAUGAGCUGGUUGCUGUUAAGAAGAUAGCGAACGCGUUCGAUAAUCACAUGGAUGCGAAGCGCACACUCCGUGAGAUUAAGCUCCUGAGGCAUCUGGAUCAUGAAAACGUGAUUGGCUUAAGAGAUGUUAUUCCUCCACCCCUUCGUAGAGAGUUUAAUGAUGUCUAUAUUGCAACGGAGCUCAUGGAUACUGAUCUUCAUCACAUUAUUCGCUCAAAUCAGGGCCUGUCGGAGGAACACUGCCAGUACUUCUUGUAUCAGAUUCUUCGUGGGCUGAAGUACAUACAUUCUGCAAACAUAAUUCAUAGAGAUUUGAAACCAAGCAAUCUGUUGCUGAAUGCAAAUUGCGACUUGAAGAUUAUUGAUUUUGGUCUUGCGCGGCCAACUUUAGAAAAUGAUUUCAUGACAGAGUAUGUUGUCACAAGGUGGUACAGGGCUCCUGAACUGCUGUUGAACUCGUCUGAUUACACUUCUGCAAUUGAUGUUUGGUCUGUUGGUUGCAUCUUUAUGGAACUCAUGAAUAAAAAGCCUCUCCUCCCAGGGAAGGAUCACGUGCAUCAGAUGCGCCUAUUGACAGAGGUUAGUUGA